AUGUUGGAGACGUCCACUCGGAUGUCAACAGUUAUACCAGAAAGGUUAUGGUCAGAAGUAACAGAAGCAAGUAUACUCCUGGUUUGCGAUGUUGCUUACUGUUUCGUCGCUCUUAUUAUGUUAUGUAAAUUGAUAAAACAACCCAAAGUAAAACGCCCAGUUAUUCAUAAUGGGCAAUCGGGAAGCAACAAAUCGUUUUUGCUUUUUAAGAAAAGUUUGUUCGUCAGUGACUGCAUGAUCAUGUGGAUUUACGCAUCUGUGAAGGCAGCGUGGCUGCUACAGUUUGAGUGGAAGUUCGGAAACUUGGGAUGCAAAAUGUAUAGGUACUGGUCAUCUGUAGCGUUCUUCUCCAAUUCGAAUACUGUCUGCGGAAUCGCUGUGGAUAGGUACCUAGCAGUGUACAGUAAUCAUAUCAUUGGCGCUCGUCAAUAUGAAAGAACUAAGAAAUUGUUAUAUGGAGUCUGGCUAAUUGCUGGAAUUGCGGCUCUACCUCAGAUUUUUGUCUGGGAGACAUACCGUCCAAGUUCCGAAAAUUGGGAACAAUGUGUCACCGUGUUUGCAAUCAAAAUUCACAAAUUGCCAACUGAUUCUCCGAUACGAAAUGAAAUCAAUUUUCAUUCAAUGCUCUAUGAAGCAUAUCACCAAGCAAUGUCAUUUUGGUUGCCUCUCAGUGUCACAUUUUCUUGUUAUGCUCGUAUGUUGAGCCGACUUAUCCCAUUCUGGCCAUUCAAUGUGCUCACUUCUUAUGAAGAUGAGAGACAAGAAACACUAUGCACAAUAUUCUGGAGUAAGAUGACCGACAAGAUCAGAUAUUUCUGCUGUGGAACAAUAUUCCGGCGCAAGAGUUACGUUUCUCAGCAAUCGGCAAGAAUCCCUCUUGCUGGUACGACGCGUCACCCACCCACUACGGCUUUACGACGACAACUUGGGACUACAGUGUUUACGAAUGCCUGUGCAAUUAUUGUAACUCAUGUUGUUUUAUGGAUGCCAUAUAAUAUAAUCAGUUUAUCAAGAUUUGUUAACGAAGGAUUCUAUGAAAUAAUAUCUCAAAAUGGUGGCAACCUCUGCGAACUUCUCAUUCUUCUCAGCUCAUUUGUGAACCCAAUUCUUUAUUCCGGUGGCACGAACACUGUGCAUCGAGUCUAG